AUGGCGUUCCGCUCGUCUUUCCGUCGCAUUGCCCUGGCCCGCCCCGCUACCGUUGCGCGUGGCUUUCACUCGACGCCCCGAGUCCUUGUCAGGAAGGGUGACGAGAUCCCCAGUCUUGAAGUGUUCGAGAACUCGGCCGCCAGUAAGGUGAACCUGGCCGAGGAAUUCCAGAAGGGCAACGGAUACAUUAUUGGCGUUCCCGGAGCUUUCACCGGCACCUGUUCUGGCACGCACAUUCCGUCAUACAUCAACCACCCCAACCUCAAGCAGGCUGGCCAGGUCUUCGUCGUCGCCGUCAAUGACCCCUUUGUUAUGAAGGCAUGGCAAGACCAGCUGGAUCCCGCUGGCGAGACUGGAAUUCGGUUCGUUGCCGAUCCCACCGCUGAAUUCACAAAGGCCCUUGACCUCGGAUUUGAUGAUGCUGCUGCUAUCUUUGGAGGUCUCCGAAGCAAGCGCUAUGCCUUGAAAGUGGAGGACGGCAAGGUCACAGCGACCUUUGUCGAGCCAGACAGCACUGGCACAGCCGUGUCAAUGGCCGAACAGGUUCUCAACUAA